AAUAAGACACGCGUAUAUGUUUCCCUUCUGGAAGUGGGAGGAAAAAGAAGAGGAAAAGGAAGACGGAGUGAGAUACAGAGAGACAGCCAGCCAGCCAGACAGACAGACAGACAUCAAACAAUCUUCAUCGGGCAAAGAGCGAACAGCGGCAGAUGUGCGCGCGUGUUUGCCAGUUUACACGUGCCAAGUUGUCAUGACGACGCAAAGCGGCACCACCGCCAACGAACGUAGGAUAGUGCAUAAGCCGAUCCAGUCGAGAGAGUGCUGCGUACACGAGGAUGUCUGGCGGUGAGGCUGGUGAUUUCUUCCUGAGCAUUAGUGGCUCCAUCGAGUCGGCUGACUUUUACGACAUCAGCAACGCCUACUGCAAGUACGCCUACCAGUUUGGUCCGGAGUGGAGCCUCAUCGCGGGCAUCGAGGAGGGUCUCACGCAGAUGAGCAAGUGCAGCAACGACGCCCGCCGGCUAGCUGUUUGGAACUUCCCGCUCGACGUGGCCUUCAAGAGCACUAAUCCACACGGCUGGCCGCAGUUGCUGCUUUCAAUUUACGGACUGGACGGCUUCGGUCACGACGUGAUCAGGGGCUACGGCGCCUGUCGACUGCCCUUAAUUACCGGCAGGCAUGAGAAGCGCAGGAUUGCUUUGUACGUGCCGGAGUCGUCCUCAUUGAUGCAACAAUUCGCCGCCUGGCUGACCGGACGCAGACCUGAACUCAUCGACAUUGGCAUCCUCGCGACUGGCGAUGGAAGGGAAUUCGUUUAUUUGUUCCCAGCUUUUACUUUUCCAUUCAUUGCUCUGUCGGGAAUUUCUCAAAUGCAAUAUCCAAGGUUUGUCGAGUGAAAUGGUCUAUGUUGAUCAAGAGCUGGCUUUUAAUUCAUCAUCGACAAACAAUAUCUAGGUCAACCGUUAAAAAUUUACUUUUGAUUUUGUUUAUCGGGAUUUCGACUCCAUGACAUGCGUUA